AUGAUACCCCUCAUUUCUACUCUAACAAUAGUUGUACUCGUUGCGGACAUGGGCACAACACUUUUCCUCCAUGUCCUUACUGUAGGAAGUAGAAUCAUCUAGCUACUAAGUGUUAGAAGUAAUUUGGCAAGCCUACUUCUACAUAGUUGGUAAUAACUUCUCUGACUCUAAUGUUCCCCACUCCAUACCAUAUUUUAACUCCUACCUUCCACGUGACCUUGAUGCUUGUGAAGUAUAAUAUCAUUCGCCACGCGAAUAAUACCGAUGCUUCCACCUCUACUAGGCUCACCUCGUUUUCAACCUCCAUACUAAGUACACAUGCUCUUCUUGCUUCUUCUUCAAUGUUGUGGAUUAUCGAUCCGAGGACCUCCACCCACAUGACUAGUAUCCCUCCUAUUCUCUCCUCCUAUCAGCCUACUCAGCCCAUCCCCCUAUCAUCAUUGUCGAUGGCUGGACCUAUCUAGUCAAAGGUCAUAUAGUGUCACUUCGGCUUCUCUCUUCCUUCACCUUACUCAAGUUCUCUAUGUUUCUGGUUUUCUUACUAACCUUCUAUUCAUUAGUACUAUUACCCGUGUCCUCUUUUGUACAAUCACAUUCUUUCCCUUUCACUGUAUUUUUCAAGAUCUACGUACCAGAUGAAAGAUUAGUUUGGGUCAUAAAAAAGAUUAGGAUGUCUACGAACUCAUUUUUGAUGAACCCUCAUUUGGCCUUCAAGUCUUUUUUGUCACGUCUACGACUAUUUCUUUUCCUUUGUGGCAUUGUCAUUUGAACCUUUCUCUAAGUCACAAAAAAUCUUAUUGUGACUUUCUCUCUCUAAAUUUGUGUGCAAGUCUUAUCAAUUGGGCAAACAUCACUGUACUUCUUAUUCUAGUUGUGAUGGCAUCCCCUCUUCCGCUCUAUUUGACUUUCUCCAUUGUGAUGUAUGGAGACCAUCUUGUACUUCCUCCAUCUCGAAUCAUCAUUAUGACAUCAUUUUUGUUGAUGACUAUACUCAUGUAAACUAAGUCUAGUUCCUCCACGACCGCUCUAGGGUUGUUAUCGUAAUUACUUACUUCAUCACCGAAGUUAUCACUUAAUACACUACUAUGCCUAAGAUUUUUUGUACUGAUAAUGCUCGUGAGUUUGUUCAAGCAUCUCUUCACACCUUUUGCAAUGAUCGUGACAUCUUCUACCAAACCACUUAUCCCCACACUUCGUAGUAGAAUGAUGUUGCUAAACACAAACAUUGUCAGUUCCUUGACAUCACUUGUACAUUUCUUUUUGAAAUGAAUGUCUCUUACUAUCUUUAGACUAACGUCCUUCUAAUUGUCACUUACUUCUAGAAUUAGCUUCCCUUCACUCUUCUUGAGGGGGUCAUUCCUUUUCAUUACUUAAUCCUUGAUUCUCUUCUUUUUUCUCUUCUCCCUCGAGUCUUUGAAUGCACCACCUUCAUCUAGGAUUUCUCUCUUUCUCUUUUUAAACUCACCCUUUGUGCUCUUAAAGGGGUCUUUGUCAUCUACUUUUGUAUGCAAAAAGGUUAUCAAAUCUACUUCUCCAAUACGCAUUAUUAUAUGACAUUGGCCGACGUCACUUUUUAUGAGAAGUCUCAUUUCUUCUCUCUUAUUUUGACUCCUCCUCAGGCCACUAUGGAGAUAAUAUCUUCAUCAUCCUCUUCUACAAUCUCUUUUGCAUCUUUGGUCACUACUCUACCUAAUGUCCUUCAUCUCCCUAUUGUCCUCCACAAAGGUACACGUGCCUGCACCCACCAUCUCAUCUCCUAAUUUAUCUCCUAUGACCUUCUUUCUCCUUCUUUUCAUGCCUUUGCCCUCUCUAUGGCCUCCGAGUUGCUUCAACAAUCGCAUGUUAAGGCUAUACAAAUACUUACAUGAAAGGCAGCCAUAGAUUUAUAGGUAGCUACAUUAGUCGCUCAGGGGACUUGACAUUUAGUUACGUGUCCAACUAAUGCCAACAUUGUGGUGUACAAGUAGAUGUUUACUCUCAAGUAUCACCUAGAUGACUCAAUCGCUCAUCACAAAGCUCGUCUAGUCGCUCAAGGCUUCACACAAGCAUAUGUGAUCGAUUACACUAAGACGUUCUCUCAUGUCGUCCGCCUUAACUCUAUUCGCGUGCUCCUAUCUCUUGUCGUCAAUCAGGUAUGAUCUCUCCACCAGCUAGAUGUUUCUAAUGCCUUUUUGUACAUUGAUCUCAUGGAGCAAGUCUUUAUAGAGCAACUUUUUAGGUAUAUUGUUCAGGGGGUGUCAUCGAAAGUAUGUCUCUUGCGGUAUGUCAUUUAUGAGCUCAAGUAGAGUCUAUGUGUUUGGUUUAACAAGUUUAGUGAUUUACUCAUUACCUUUGACUUCACCUUCUACACUGCAGAUCCUACCAUACUCAUGAAGAAAACAAAAGGUGACUUUAUCAUCCUUACAAUCUAUGUCAACAAUAUUCUUGUGAUUGAAAGUGAUGAGGUCAACAUUUUUUGCUAUCAAAACUUAUUUGCAACAGCACCUCAGCAUUCAUGACUUGAGGACUCAGUGAUAUUUUCUUAAGAUUGAGUUUAUGUAUCAAGAUUGGAAGCUCACCCUCACUUAGCGAAAGUAUACCCUCGACAUGCUUCAGGAAAUAUGCCUCCUUGGGUGUAAGCUGAAAACUUUGCCCAUGAAAACUCACCCAUAGAUCUAAGACAUUUCAUCUCCCCUACUCAAAGAUGCUAACCGAUAUCGACGAUUGUUGGGCAAGUUGAUAUAUUUUACUCACUCGUCUUGACAUUAUGUACAUGGUUAAUGUCUUGAGUCAAUUCAUGUAGAAGCCUUGACAAGUUCAUUGGGAGGGAGCUCUAUGAGUCCUCACCUACAUCAAGUGAGCCCUAGGGAAAGCACUCAUCUAUCGGCAACACAGCUAUCUCCACAUUAUAGUCUACUCUGACGUUAGAUAUACAAGUGCUAAAGACAAUCGAAAGAUUACUACAAGUUAUUGCACAUACAUUGACGAUAACUUAGUCACAUAGCGAUCUCAAAAAUAGAGGGUAGUGUCCUAUUCUAGUACAGAAUCUGAGUAUCUAACCAUGAUUGAGACAACAUAGAAAAUAAUAUAGCUUUAAUCACUUCUUGACGAUCUCGACAUUGCUUCUCUCUCUCCAAUACUCAUACAUUACAACAAUCAAGUUACCAUCUUCAUUACUGGUAAUCCCACUUUUCAUGAGCUUACUAAAGAUAUUCAAAUCGACUGUCAUUACAUUCAAGAUAAAGUUAUGUCUGAAUUUAUCUCUAGUUCUCAUGUGACAUCAUUUCAUCAGCUAGCAGAUGUCUUCACAAAGAGUCUGGCCGGCAUCUCCUAUGAUGUCACAUGUACCAAGUUAGGCAUGUUCGACUUAUAUACUCUAAUUUGA